CACACUCACACACACACCCUUUCACACACUCUCCUCAUUCCUCCACCUUUCUGCAGGCAUCAUGGCCGAGGCUUUCGUGGGCACCUGGAACCUGAAAAGCAGCGAGAACUUUGACGAUUACAUGAAGCAACUCGACGUGGGCUUCGCCACCCGCAAGCUGGGCAACCUGACCAAGCCCACCACCAUCAUCUCGGUGGACGGCGACACGGUGACGGUCAAGACGCAGAGCACCAUCAAGAACACGGAGCUCUCCUUCAAGCUGGGCGAGGAGUUCGACGAGACCACCGCCGACAGCAGGAACGUCAAGUCGCUGGUGACGAUAGACGACGGCAAGAUGGUGCACAUCCAGCGGUGGGGCGGCAAGGAGACCAGCCUGGUGCGCCAAGUCGACGGCAACGCCCUCACGCUGACGCUGACGAUGAACGACGUCGUUUGCACGCGCUGCUACGAGAGGGCAGCGUGAACACCACCCAAAAACAUAGGAGACCCCAAACCUCAAAGAGUCAACUGGCAUUUCUCUCGUGAAUUGGAGGGUUAGUAUCGUUUACACUGCCUGUGGACCCCCCGUCCCGUCCCGUCCCGUCCUGUCCCCUCCCCCCUUUUGACGACCUCUACUGUUAAAAACAUGGAAAAUAUUCCAAUGAAUUCUUGUUGUUUUCCGUUGGAGUAUCCCCAUUUCAUGUGGUUUUUCCUUUGUUUGGAUUGGUGACGCAUGAAGUCCAUUUUAAAACCUGCAAAUGUUCAUUGAAACAUUGGGAAGUAAUAAAAUAAACAUCCCAAAUUCAGGCCAAA